AUAAAUUUAAUCAUUUUGAUCUGAUCUGAGAUUUUGGAUCAUCAUGCUGAGACUCGUUGUCUUGGCGCCAAAACUCUCCACUGGCGGCGUCGUUGCGCCGUGGCUCGCUCGUGCAAUGGCGACGCACGCGUUCCGAGACGCCCGCCUCGCGCUCUUCAAGCGGCACUACGAGGCCUCCGAUGGCGCCACUCCAACGACCACCAGUGCUGGCAUCGACAGUCGCUCAUCCUCUGAGACUGCGAUGGCUGCGGACGCCCGGCGCGGGGCACUCAAAGCGUGCUUCAAACCAGCGCGCGCAGACGCUGCUCCAGUCACUGUCGAUCUCGCAUCCGACUCGAAGGCGUCGGUGAUCCAGCUUGCGAAAGCCGCACUUGGAUCAACGCUAGAGCUCGUGACAUGCACCGUCAACGGCAAGCCGUGGGAUUUGACGCGACCGCUAGCUUUAUUCAUCAACGAGCACGCACAGGACGCACCAUCCAGCACAUUGGAGGUGGAGCUGCUUUCAUUCGACUCGAACGCGGCCAAGCAUGUCGCUUGGCACUCGGCUGCCCAUGUGCUCGGCGCUGCGAUGGAAGAAGUGUACGGCGAUGAUGUGGUGCUGUGCGACGGACCGGCCAUCAGCGAGGGUGGCUUCUUUUACGAGGGCAUGCUUGCCAACGGAAGGGGCUCCAUCUCGACCACCGACCUUGCCCCGCUGGUUGCCAAAGCCACGGCAUUCAUUUCGGCCAAGCACCCCUAUCAACGUGUCAGCGUAUCUGUGGCUGAUGCGCUGGCCAUGUUCCCGGAAAACCCAUUCAAACAGCACUUUAUUCGCAAAGCGGCGGCUGCUGCUGCUCCCAGCUCCCCGCUCAUCUCCAUCUAUCGGUGCGGUGAUUUUGUCGACCUGUGCCGUGGACCGCAUAUCAUCAAUACUGGGGUUGUGGGCGCAAUCACCUUCCAUGCCGUAUCUGCAGCCGAAUGGGCCAGCCCUCUGGCAUCCGCCCCUGCUGCUCUGCCGUCGCCCAUUCCCCUCCAACGCGUGUACGGCAUCUCGUUCCCCAAGGCAGCAAUGCUCAAAGAGUGGGUUACUGCACGCGAAGAAGCCAAGCUGCGCGACCAUCGGCUUAUCGGUGCAGCGCAGCAGCUCUUCAUGUUCCACCCAUACUCGCCGGGAUCUGCCUUCAUGUUGCCCCACGGCAUGAAGAUCAUCUCCCGCUUGCAAGAGUACAUCCGCUUGGCUUACAUCCACUAUGGCUAUCAGGAGGUGUCGACACCGAUCGUGUAUUCCAAGGAGCUGUGGGAAACGUCGGGACACUUGCAGCAUUAUGCCCAGGACAUGUUUGCCGUCACAGGUGGCCUGACUCCGGCUGCUCCUGCUGCCGGUGCUGCUGCUGGUGCUGCUGGUCACAGCCAUCAUCACGCCGACAGCGAUGCUUCGUCUGAUGCGACCCAGGCGUUGAAACCAAUGAACUGCCCUGGCCACUGCCUCAUCUUCCAGCGCAAGCACUACUCGUACCGAGAGCUUCCCAUCCGAUUGGCCGACUUUAGUCCGUUGCAUCGCAACGAAGCCAAAGGUGCUCUGAGUGGGCUGACACGAGUCCGCCGCUUCCACCAGGACGACGCACACAUUUUCUGCACACCCGAGCAGAUCCAAGCCGAGAUUUUGAACGUCCUGGGCUUUGUCCGAGAAGUGUACGGCCGCCUUGGCUUUUCGGAAUUCACCUUGAAACUUUCCACCCGGCCAGAGUCGUUUGUCGGCAGCAUUGAGCAAUGGGACUAUGCCGAAUCGUGCCUCAAGGAUGCUCUGCAGCAGACGUGCGGCAGCAACUGGACUCUCAACCCAGGGGACGGCGCCUUCUAUGGACCAAAGAUUGACAUUACAAUCCGGGAUGCCAUCGGGCGCCAGCACCAGACCGCCACAGUCCAGCUCGAUUUUCAGCUGCCACAGCGCUUUGGCCUGCGCUACUUUGACGCCAACCAGCAAGCACACACGCCCGUCAUGAUCCACCGCGCCGUGCUGGGCUCAUUGGAGCGGAUGUUUGCCAUUCUGAUUGAGAACACGGCGGGCAGGUGGCCGUUGUGGCUGUCGCCCCGUCAGGUAGCCGUCUGCAGCGUCGAUCCUUCUGUCAACGAGUAUGCCGCCGAGGUUUGCAAGCAGCUGGAAAAGGUCAGUCUACGGCUGCCUGGCAGCGUGUUUGAAGUCAAGAACAACGUGACGACCGACUCGUCCGCAGCGACUCCCAAUGGCUCAUCGUCCGCGUUCGCGCUUCAAGUCGAGGCCGACUUGUCCGACAACCGCCUGAGCAAAAAGAUUCGCGAUGCCCAGGUCAGCCAGUUCAAUUACAUUGUGGUGACGGGCGCGCGCGAGGCGGCAGAUCGGACGCUCAAUGUGCGAGAUCGCACUGGCGCACAACUCGGUACCAUGUCUUUUGACAAGUUUGUACAACUACUCCACGAUCAAAUGGCGUAGGUUUACUUGUUUUUUGAACGGAAAAGCCAUGGUACUAGACUCUUUCAUUAAAGUAAAGUUGCACUACUGUAG